AGCAAAUCGGUUCAACCGAACCAAACUUAUUUAGUAUGAAGGUGGGCUUAGUUCUUUCUUGGGCUUAUUAAAGCAAAAGCCCACUACAAUUCUUGUUUGCGUUCUCGAUUUCGUAUCCACCGCAAAAGAAACAAAUGUGUGGGAUGAACAUAGACGCUUCCAGAAGAAGAAGAAGAAGAAGAAACGACUUUGAGAUUUCGAAAUUUUUGUAUUUUGUCCCCAAAAAAAUAUAUAAAGGGGUUCCAUUUGAAAUCUCUCUCUGUGUAGUCAAAAAUUAGGGUUUAUUUCAAUCCAAAGGAAGACGAUUUUCGAAUUCUGUAGUACAAAAUCGUGAAAUUGUUAUGUCGGCGUCGACGGUGUCUCUCACCGGUACUCCGACGGCGGUUGUUAAGCGGACGCCGGUUCUCGCCGGUGAGAAGAAAUCUAGUUUUGAUUUCCCGCCGAGCGAAUCGCAUGCCGCCAAUGCGGCAAUUGGAGAGUCGUCGAACAAGGAUCUGAUCCGCGCGGAGGCUGUCGCUGAGAGAUCUAGCAGUUACAACGUAGGUCCGGUGACGAGGAAGUCAGGAUCCACCGCGACGGGGGUUAAUACGACGACCACCACCACGCAGCGUCGAACGCGUAAGGUUCAGGGGAAUAAGACGAACAAGGCGCAGUGGAAGACAGUGGUUAGGGUAUUCGCUAAGCAAUUCGGGGCGCUUCUGUUAAUCGUUGGGUUGAUUCAAUUGAUUAGGAAAUUGACUAUGAAGGAUACGUCUCUGUCUUCUUCGAAUUUUCCGAUUGAAACGGAGAUGGUGUUAUCGGAAUUGGAGAGUCGUAUCUCGGCCGUUGAUGGUUUGGUAAAGACGACGACGAAGAUGAUGCAGGUUCAAGUCGAGUUUCUUGAUAAGAAGAUGGAAAGCGAAUCAAGAGCGUUGAGGCAAACGAUCGAUUCAACGUCAUCUGCGUUGCAGGGUGAGUUGAAGAAGGUAGAGUCUAGGACUGAGACAUUAGAGGCUUCCGUAGAUGAGUUCAAUGCUAAACCUUUGGUGUCUAGAGAGGAGUUAGAGAGGGUUUACGAGGAAUUGAAGAAGGGUAAUAAGGUCCAUGAUUCUGCUGUUAACAUUGAUGAAUUGAGGGCUUAUGCUCGUGGGGUAGUGGAGAAAGAGAUUGGAAAACAUGCUGCUGAUGGCCUUGGCAGAGUAGACUAUGCGUUAGCGUCUGGUGGUGCUUUUGUAAUGGGGCAUUCGGACCCAUAUCUUGUUGGAAGUCGGGGUAAUUGGUUUGGGACAAGCAGGCGAGGGGUUCAUAAAAAAGCGGUUAAGAUGUUAACUCCGAGUUUUGGGGAGCCUGGACAGUGUUUUCCUUUGAAAGGAAGCAAUGGCUAUGUCCAAAUCAGGCUAAGAGCGCCGAUAAUACCAGAGGCCGUUACCUUGGAACAUGUCUCUAAGGCUGUAGCGUUUGACAGAUCAAGCGCCCCAAAGGAUUGCCGAGUAUCAGGAUGGCUAGAAGACAAAGAUAUGGAGAGCGAGACAAUGCUCCGUCUUACAGAAUUCAGUUACGACUUAGACAGGUCCAACGCACAGACAUUUGACAUUACAGAUUCUGGUUUCUCGGGACUUGUCAACGUUGUCAGGCUAGACUUCACAUCCAACCAUGGAAGCUCUUCACACACUUGCAUCUACCGGUUCAGGGUUCAUGGCCGUGAACUAGACUCGGUCUCUGCUGUUCAUGCUUGAUCUGAGGUCCACUUGAAUCUUUUCUUCUCCUUGUAACAUUCCCUCUCAUAGAUAACUCUCUUUUUUUUUUUUUGGUUUAUUUAGUGGGAAAGCUUCUAGUCAGUUGUAAUCAGAAUUAACGUUUCUUCACGUUUUUUUUUUAGUUUUGUGGAGUAGGAAACACAUCGAUCUUAGUUUUAAAUCUGUUUUAGUUCGGUUUAUUUGGUUAGAAUGUAUCUGACCGAACUGAAACCAAAUAUCCCGAAUUUAAUUUGGCAUUCGGUGUUGGUUAUAUAUAUCAAUAUAGUAGGUGUGUAAAUGAUGCCA